AUGCAAAAAAAGUUCAAUUUUCCUUCAGCUAUUGGUGUUAUCGACUGCACCCAUAUACCUAUUCUGAAGCCUUUUAUUCAUGCAGACAAAUAUGUGAACAGAAAGAACUUUGCUAGUAUAACUGUGCAAGCAACGUGCAGUUCAAACGAAGAGUUCACAAGUGUGGAUGUUUCUUGGCCAGGAUCUGUACACGACUCUCGGAUAUGGAAGAACUCUGAUAUAUACAAUGUUAUGAAAUGGAAUAGGGCUAGUGCUGUUUUGUUGGGAGACUCAGGAUUAGGAUUGCAGAAACCGCAGAACAAAAAUCAUACAAUCGGCUGUUUACGAGAGAGCGAGUUAUAA